GCACCCUGCUUCAGUAUGAUGAUACAUGAUAGCGCUUUAGAAUUCCGUUCUUAGUUUUGCUCACUCCUCGAGUUUGUUAGUGCUGCCAGAAUCCAUCGUAACCUUAUGCUGGUCGAAGAUGAUGGAUUUUGACAAAUUACUUUUUCAUCAAGAGUAAAAUCACGACAGACCAUUCAUGAAACUAUGAGUAAAAGUUAUAAAGGAUUCAAGUUGACUGCCUACUUGCUUGGGUUCUUGGUCUUGAUAUCUUCUUCUAGCAAAGCCGAUAUACAGUAUGAGGGUGAUAAUUACGACAUUAACCAAUCGACCGACAACGAUAUAUUGAGUAUUUUACAAAGUCAUGAGGAAGCGGAUGAUAAGCGUGACUGCAAGACAAAAGCCUGUUUAGAUUUGGUGAGCGUCCUGAAGAGGAACCUGGACACUAGUACCAAACCAUGUGUCGAUAUGUACCAAUACGCGUGUGGUGGAAUGAUCAAACGUUCUUACUCCUCUAAAGAAAACUCAGAAAGCACUUUUGGAAACAUGCAUAAGCAGGAAUUGAUAAAACUGAAGAACAUUCUAGAAGGACUGAAAGAUAGGAAAGAGAACGAUGUUUUCACCAAAGUGUACAACUGGUACUCAUCGUGCAUGAACAUAAAACAGAUCAACAAACUAGGCGCCAGGCCAUUGUUAGAGUUACUCGAAUCAAUGGGCUCCUGGCCAAUCCUUAAUCCAUCCUGGAGUGAGCAAGACUGGGAUCUAGAGAGGACGCUGGCUAUGAUCCACCAGAAUGUCUCGGUGUUUCCUUUAUUCAGGAUUUCUGUUGAUAACGACGCGAGGAAUGCUUCAUCACUGUAUCGCUUAUCGAUCAGCAAGACGAAACUUUCUCUAGAAACACCAGAAUUUUACCUCGCGAAGUCCAAUUUCUCAGAUAGGAUAAUCUUUUCUUAUUUUCAACUACUCAAGAAUCUUGCGGAGUUACUUGGUGCGGAACAAAAGGUUCAAAUGAAGGUUGAUAUUUUGAAUGUUAUCAAGUUUGAAAUCGCCUUAGCAGCGGCGAUAAGGCUCGACAAGAGAGAGUACUUAGUUAGUCCAUAUACAACAUUGGGUUCGUUACGUAAAGCAUACGAAGGAAAAGUGUUCGACUGGAAACGUUACAUAUCGUUCAUUUACCAAGAUCUCCCCAAACAAGCUCCUUUCCAAGAUUCCGAAAUAAUUAACGUGCCUGAACCCAACUAUUUCAAACGUAUGAUGCUGUUGGUUGGAAUGGUGGAGCCCAGAGUUUUGGCGAACUAUAUGCUGGCUCAAGUAGUAUUUCAAUAUAGUGGGAUGCUAUCAGUAGAAUUUCGACAACCUUACCUUGGGUACUAUAAAGCUCUUUAUGGUAUUGAAGCCUUCAGUCCACUGUGGGUGCGAUGUGUAGGUUCCACAACCGCACACUUGAACGCAGCAGUCACAGCACGCUACGUGAAAAAGUAUUUACCAAACAAGGAUUUAGACAAGGCUAAAGACCUAGUACACAGGUUAGUGUUAGCUUACAUGCUUCAUCUCGACAAAAUCAAGUGGAUGGACAAGAAGACAAAAAAGGCUGCUGAAGAGAAGGUCCAGGCCAUACUAGAACACGUUGGUUAUCCCAAGGACAUCAUAAAUACGACUGUUUUGGAAGAAGGCUAUCAUGAA